CGCAUGCGUGUCUGCAGAGAAAUAAAGCAGAUGUUGUGAGUAUUUUGGGGCGACAGCCGCUCUCUGUGUCUGAACCAGCGGAAAUAUGAAUGAUGCGGAUGCAGCCUCAAGGAAGCACGCGAGUUCCCGAGAGCUCCAGACUCCCAAGAACGAGGAUGCGUAUGAAAUCUCCAUUCCUUUUGAAGACAACAACUUUGAUCAGCACGGAGGCUUCUACAACCAGAAUGACCAGAACUUUGACGGUAGUGAUCCGCCAGCACCGAGCAGCUCGUACCUGCUAAUCACUAACCUGCGCACACAACUGCAGAUCUCACUGGAGAAAAAUUCAUGGCUGCAGAAACGCAUCGAAGACCUGGAGGAGGAGAGGGACUUCCUGCGCUGUCAGCUCGAUCGGUUCAUCUUCUCGACCAAGAGUCAGGAAAGCAACGGUAAUGAUUCCAGGAGUUUUUCUUGGAGAAGGAGAAGAGAAAAUGAUCGAGAUCAACAAGUGGAGAGCCAGCGUUCGGCCACCCGUCGUCAGUCAUUCCAGCAGAGGCCAACCCAACAGACUUCAGCCAAUUCCAAGGCCCUGAGCUCUGUUUCUGGUCUAGUCAGUGCUCAGAUAAGUUCCUUGUAUGGAUCUCCCCACCCUCAGCCUCUUUUGCAGGGCCAUGGUGGCGGCAGCACCAGCAGCAGCUGCAGUAACAACAACAGGUCCCUCAAUGAACUGCAAGAAUCCCUCACUCUUCUAGGAGAUGAAGAAGAGGAUGACUACCUUGAGGAUAGCUACCUAGAGGAAGAGGAAAUGAUGUCAGGAGAGGAUGUGAUCACAGAUAACAUGUCACUUCAGAACAUUGGCUCAGCUGGAAGACCCACCGGCAGUCAUCCGGCUCUGAAGAGAAGAAGGGUUUUCCGAAUCGCCAGAGGGAGAGAAAGACAGAGAGUGAAAGAUGCAGCAGGUGUGCUGUUCCGCUAUAAAAAGAUCCUGGUAACAUACCAGAGGUUGAAGAACAUGUCCAAGGCCUUCCAGAUCCACGGUGUAGAUCGUAAUACGGUGGCCUCUACCACACCCAUUGCUGAGCUUCUGCUGGUGGCUCCAGAGAAGGUGGCUGAGGUGGGCGAGUUUGACCCGUCUAAAGAAAAGCUUCUGGACUACGCCCGGCGCUGUUAUAUCGCCCUCGACCCCCAGACUCUCAGCAAAGUGCAAGCUCUGAAGAAGAACAACCUCCUCCUGCCCAUCUCAUACAGGUUGAAAGGAACGGAUAAUCGAUAAUUGGAAGAAUUAGCGGGGUGAUUCUUAUCCUGCUAUACAGUGAAACCCUUCACUGUAUUUUAAUGUACCAUAGGACACACAUCUCACAUCUCAACCAACACAUUGUUCUGUUCAGAUCCGCUGUACUCUGAACCAAGUGUACUAUUAGCUCUGUUCACUCACUCAUAAAGCUGGACACUCAGAGCUGCGGGUGGGUUGCACACUUAUGCUUUCAGGUUUAGUAUUUUAAAAGAGAACUUGGUUCUCAAACCCAUUUUACACCAUUCUUUCAUAACAGACCAGUUUUAGUAUCCCCUAAUUGUUGCUCUGGUUGAAAUUCUGGUCAAGAAUUUACACUUUAGUUUAGUUUUUGUGAUGUGCAGCUCUAUAGCAGAAGUUCUCUGUUGGGUCAUUAGAUCCACUCAGUUGUCCCAAGCGUGUGUCCUGGUUCUCCGUAUCUCGUAGCACUUACUUGACAGACUGAAAGACUUUUGAAAUUUAGGUUCUUCUAAAAAGUGGUGCACGCAUAGACCCAUGCACUCCUCCUAUUUUAACACUGCUACUCUUUGCAAGCGGCACCUGUACGUUCUCAUUAGAACCUCUUUGGAUAUGAUUUGUGGAGUGUUCGUGCAUGUGUCUCCCUUAAUCAUGGCCUGUCUCCUAUUAGAUGACACUGACUGUUCAGCAUGUGCAAAGUUUAUAUAGUGUAAAUCAGUGAUAAUACAUGUUAAAACAGUUGGUAAUAGUACUAGUCUAGUCUAGUACCACAUAGUGCAGAUGAUAAUGUUAUGUGAGGGAGUGAGUGCAGAGAUGUUCCUGUUCUACCUGGUGCUGAAGUUCUCAUGAGUGUGUGUGUGUCUUUGAUUGUGUGUUUGUCGAAUUCACUGUCUACGUCUGGAUGCAUGUUGGGUGUUUGUUAAUAUGCAGCGUGCUUGAGAUUAGACUAUUCAUGGCUCCUUCGAGCACAUAUUGAAACCUCCAAGUGGCUAAUAAAAAACAGCAAGUUUCUCUUUCCAUCACAAUCUUCUUCUUCCUAACCAUCAGAUCAUGUUUGUGGGAAGGGAACACUACAAAAAGUUUCAGUUUGUUAACAUUAGUUAAUACAUUAGCCCCCGGUUUCACAGACAAGGCUUAAAGGGAUAGU